UUUCUUUGGUUUAGGAAACAAGGUCGACUUGUUCAAAGCAUGAUUAUGUUUCUUUUGGGAUUUAUUCUUGUGAUGGGAAUGAUGAUAGUGGCAGACUCUUUGUAUUAUGGUAGUUUAACAUUAUCUUGGCAAGAUGGUACUCCUAUCACAAGUAUUCAACAAUUCCUAUCUUCUUCUUCUUCUUCUUUUUCCUCAUUGUUCGGUCUUCGAUGGAAUGGUACUUUGACUCUUACAUUCUUGAAUAACCUUAUAUAUAAUGUAAAUAUCGACAAUUUGGCUUUACAUGGUAUACAUCCUCGAUAUACACAUUUUUUGCUCAACUUUCCCUUGUUAUAUGGUCCUUUGGCAGUAAUGGCUUUAUGGGCAAUCUAUUCGACUUUGAAAAAACUACAUCAAGUUACUCCAAAUUAUUUAUUCUAUGUACUUACUGGUAUUAUCGUCAAUGCAUUGGUUGGACUUUCAUUAAUGCCUCAUCAAGAAGCUCGGUUCCUUGUUCCAUUAUUGGUACCUUUAGUAAUGAUUUAUACUUGGGAUCAAACAUCGAAUAUUGGCUCACUUCCUUUCAUGCUGCUUUGGUUUGGAUUUAAUCUGGCGACGUCGUAUAUCCUUGGUAAUUUGCAUCAAGCGGGUAUUGUCCCUACUCUUGGUUUUAUUCAACGCCAGUCAAUGGGUAUCAAUGGAUGCCAAUUACUCGAUUCUGGUAAUCUAACUUGUGAUCUCGUUCCUGUUGGGGGUGGACCUGCACAAGUUUCUAUUGAAGAUGUUGCUAGUAACAAAACCAUGUUAUAUGAUACAUUGAAAAAACGUCAAGGGAUUAAAUACAGACAACAUGAAAAGGAUCAUCUUCAAAUAGAGUUUGCACCCUCCAAAGAAAAACCUGGAUCCUUUGAAAGAACACUCUUGAUAUGUCCCAAUGUCACUCCAUUACCCGAUAUUCCUGGUCAACGAUAUAUGCUGAUAUCGACAUAUAGCCCACAUGUGAAUUUUGACGAUAUGGCCCAAACAUUCCAAGUCGCCAAGGAGUAUGAUUCUCCUAUCAAUUUAGCCAGUUUAAUGGUGUUUGCUAUAUUAUCAGAUGAUGAUCUGAAUUGA